AAGUCUCUAAAUUCUCAAAUAUAACAGUCUGUGUACCUGAAUACUAGCGGCUAGUGUGUACACAUUCGUGCGUUAACAAUUGUAGUUUAUAUUUAAAAGUAUAACCGGUGUUAUUGAAUCCCUAAUUAAUAAUAUAAUAUUAUGAUCGUGAUGUCAUUUAAUGUUAUGCUUUAUCGUGUGAGCUUCAUUGCGUUAUUGUAAAAAUUGUGGAUUUUCUGUCUCUUAGUACAUUGUUUAAUUACAAAAUGUUUUUGAUAGAAUGAUUAGUGUUUUGUGAUCGAAUUACGACGGUAUACAUCAAUAUGACUACCAACAAUAUGACGGCGGAAACCGGUCUCAAUCAAAUACUCAACGAAAUAGCGAAAGUUGACGAAUUGGUUGAAGCAUUUAAUGGAUAUAUUCAAAAAGAUUCUCUAAAGAACUGUGAACAAAUCGAAAAAUUAUUUACGAUGCUUACUAAUAUAGUUAUUCGGUUAAAUGAUGAACAAUUAAGCAUGAGUAUUAAAAUUAUAUUAAAAGUUGCUUCUACACAAACAGUUAGUGUGCGCCAAAAAGUUUUUCUUAAUAUGCUUCAAAAAUUAGUUCAAAAACAUGGUGUUUCUUCAAGGUUGAUGUGUGAAUGUAUAAUUAAUUCUGAAUACCUUGUAUAUACCAAUUCUGAAUUCUGGAUAGAGUGUUUUCAUAUAAUUAAAAGCAUAUUAGCUACAGUUGACUAUAAAGGAGUUAGAGAAAUAAUGAAAGGUUGUUUUGAAAAAGUGGUUGCAAUGCCAAAAGCAUUACCUGCAUCUGUAUUACCUCAGUUUCUUGCACUUGAAGAAGUUAUUCGAUAUAUAUUUGAUAGAGAAGCUUGUCUGCUUCCUGGGUAUUUUGUUAUUAAUGAAAUACUCAAAGUAUACAAUGAAAACAAGGGAUGGCCACAUUGGAAAUUGGGUUGUUUGGUAUCAAAUUUUGUGGAGAGCUUUCGUGGUGCUGCACAAAUGACAACAAUGAUUGGUCAUUCUUCCAUGUUACCUGUAGUAGAACAUUCUGGUUAUGGUGAUCACUUGAUUACUCCGUGGAAAUUAGAUCCAAAUACAUUAAAACUGAGUUUAAAAGGGAAUAUACCAUACCCUAAACAACUAUUGCUACCACAAACAAAACUAUUAAGAUAUGUACUUGAACAGCCUUAUUCUAGAGAUAUGGUUUGCUCCAUGCUUGGUCUACAGAAAAUGAAUAAACAAAGAUGUAUUGUAUUGGAAGAACAGUUGGUAGAAUUAAUAAUUAGAUCAAUGGAAAAAAGUGAUAAAGAAGUGACAGAAGGCACAGAUCCAGAAGAAAACCACUGGCUAUGGUUACAUAUUUCAAGUCAAUUAAUCUACUUUAUAUUAUUCCAAUUUUCCGUGUUCCCAAAUAUUGUCAAUGCUCUUCAUGAAAAAUUAUUAAAAAAAGAUUUACACAGAUCAAGAGAUCGUUUAAUGUGGGUACUUUUACAAUACAUAUCAGGAAGUAUUCAACGAAAUUCACUUGAAAAUAUUUUGCCUGUAUUGAAACUGUAUGACUUACUGUAUCCUGAAAAAGAACCAUUACCUGUUCCUGACACUAGUAAUGCACUUUGCACUCAUCAAAUGGCUGUUACUUGCAUUUGGAUUCAUUUAUUACGUAAAGCUCUUAUGGACAAUAUUAAAUUCCAUAGACCAAUACCAUUAGCUUUAAAAGCACAUCAUGAUUAUUUACAGAUGCUUGUACAGCCUUCAAAUAGUGCUUUGUGUAUGGGUAGUGAUUACCGUGUACCAUUAUUGUGCAAUGCAUUUUCAACAAAUAAUGAAUGUUUAUCUCGUCCAAUGGCAGCUCUUGUAGAUGCUGUGUUAGGGAGUAGUAGUAAUCGAGGUAUAUCUGGUGUAACAUCCAAUACACAGCAGUCAACUCAGUCGCCAGUAAUAACACCUGCAGUAGGUGGUACAUCUCCAGUAGCUUCGGUGCCAGGUUCUGGUGGUACUACAAGUCCAAUUAGUGGGAAUGCCUCUUCUUCUAAUGCCAUGGGUCCAACUACUCCUCUCAGUAUGGCUGUUUUAGAUUCAUUGACAAUUCACGCAAAAAUGAGUUUAAUUCAUAGUAUAGUGACUCAUGUACUGAAGUUGGCGCAGUCUAAGUCUAAUUUAGCACUGGCACCCGCGCUCGCAGAAACAUACAGUAGACUUUUAGUUUACACUGAAAUAGAAUCAUUGGGAAUCAAAGGAUUUAUAAGUCAAGUAUUACCCACUGUUUUUAAAUCUCAUGCAUGGGGAAUUCUAUACACUCUGUUAGAGAUGUUCAGUUAUAGAAUGCAUCAUAUUCAGCCACAUUAUAGAGUUCAACUUCUUUCUCAUUUACACAGUUUGGCUGCAGUACCUCAAACUAAUCAAACUCAACUCCAUUUAUGUGUGGAAAGCACUGCAUUAAGACUGAUUACUGGGCUCGGGAGCAAUGAAGUGCAACCUCAAUUAUCUCGAUUUUUAAGUGAACCUAAAACUUUAGUGUCAGCUGAAUGUGAAGAACUCAACCGUGCACUUGUCUUAACAUUAGCUAGAUCCAUGCAUAUUACAGGCACAUCAGCUAGCCAAGAAGGAUCUUGGUGCAAAGAGUUACUGACUACAAUUAUGGCCAAUACACCACAUACUUGGGCUCCACAUACAUUACAAUGUUUUCCUCCUGCACUUGCAGAUUUUUUUGUUCAUAAUCCAAUUACUAAAGAAAACAAACAGCAGCUAAAAAAAGCAGUCGAAGAAGAAUAUCGAAAUUGGGCAUCAAUGACUAACGAAAAUGAUAUCAUUGCACAUUUUUCUGUUCCUACUGCUCAUCCAUUGUUCUUAUGUCUUCUAUGGAAAAUGAUAAUAGAAACUGACAGAAUUAAUCCAAUUGCUUAUAAAAUAUUGGAGCGAAUAGGUGCUCGAGCUUUAUCUGCACACCUUCGCAAGUUUUGUGAUUAUUUGGUAUUCAAAUUUGCUGUAUCAGAAGAAGGCCAACAUGUUAAUAAAUGUGUGGAUGCUAUCAAUAGCAUGAUUUGGAAGUACAAUAUUGUUACAAUUGAUCGCCUUGUUUUGUGUCUUGCACUUCGUACUCAAGAGGGUAGUGAAGCACAAGUGUGUUUUUUUAUUAUACAGUUACUCUUAUUUAAAGGUGCUGAAUUCAGAGCUCGAGUGUGUGAAUUUGUUAAAGAAAAUUCACCUGAACACUGGAAACAAUCUAAUUGGCAUGAUAAACAUUUAGCAUUUCAUAGAAAAUACCCUGAAAAAUUUGCCCCUGAAGGAAUUUUGGAUCCUGCAUCAUAUCAGCCUUUGCCAGUGUAUUUUGGAAAUGUUUGCCUAAGAUUUUUACCGGUUUUUGACAUAGUUAUUCAUAGAUACCUUGAAUUACCACCAGUAACCAAAUCGUUAGAAACUCUCUUGGAUCAUUUGGGAUGCUUGUAUAAGUUCCAUGAUCGUCCCGUCACAUAUUUAUAUAACACAUUGCAUUAUUAUGAAUCCAAAUUACGUGAUCGACCAUCAUUAAAACGUAAACUUGUAUACGCGGUACUUGGAUCACUAUGUGAAACACGUGGCUGCUGGACACUAUCUGAAGCGUAUCAGAGGUACAACAUACAAACACCAACAUCUACAAAUGCAAAUUCUAUGGGUACUAGUACUGAUGUCACAGUUACACCUGCGGUGGCUCCUAUAUGGGUGCCUGAUCUCGAAUAUUAUGUUAUGCUGGUCAAACGAAUUACAGACACCAUGAAUGGAAAUGUGAAGUUUCCAAACAUAGACUGGAGAUUUAAUGAAUUCCCCAAUCCUGCUGUUUACGCACUUUACAUGACAUGUGCAGAACUCAUGGCUUUACCUCUAACUCCAGCUUCAGUGGCUAAUUCUUUACUUGAUGUCGUGAUGCAAAGGUAUACUGAAAUCCCAUCACAUGAAAUACAUUGUUGGAUAAACAGUAUUGGCCUUAUAAUGUCCUCAAUGCCAGAACCAUUCUGGGUGACAUUACAAGACCGAAUCAUGCAAAUGAUGCAAAGUCCUGGUUUGGCCACAUGGAAAUAUGCACACACACCAUUCCAAUUAUUUAAUUUUGAUCUUGCUCAUAGUUGUAUGCUUGACAACAGGUUUAUUUACAUGUUAGCCUUGGCACAUGCCACAUGGCAUCACGCUGGUGUUGGACAUAUAGCUUCUAUACCACCGUUUGUAAAAGAAAAGCUUGGUCCAUCAGUGUAUAGCGAAGAACAAUUCAUAUUUUUAUGUCAUCUGGUUGCACCAUUCUUAUCUCGUUAUAAUCUUGAUAAGCCAUCACCGUCUAUAGUAGACAUCACUGUUGAACUAUUUAAUGCUUUGGAAAGAAUGGACAAACAUGUUCAGACUCUACGUUACAUGGAUCCAAUCUGCGAUCUAUUGUAUCACAUUAAAUAUCAAUAUGUAGGAAAUUUAAUGAAGACUGAAGUGGAAGAGAUUGUGUACCGCCUUAGACUGCCCUUACAAAAGAAAUUAAGGUUUAUUACACAAUUAAGUUUAGCAGAAGUUGAGGCGAUGAAUCAACCAAGUGCAGAUCCUGUUGUGAUUACAAAUGGCACAAAUGGCACUGCAACGCCUCAAAACACUAACACUGCAUCAGUACCACAGUAAUUGGUUAAACUUAAUAAACAAUUCGUUUUUAUUAAUGUAUUAUAUUAUAAAUAAUUUAUACAAUACAAUAAAAUUAAAGUUUUUUUAAAAAUGUUAUCAUAAUUGAUAAAUUAAAAACCUGAUCUUAUGAUAAUUAUAGGGAAAUUAUACAAGUAGAUAUAAUAUAUUCUUUCUAGCCCAGUUUUGAUUUUUCUUAGCCCAGCCUUGUUUUCUUCAAUUUUUUAAGCCAUAUAAAAUUUAUGACGUAGUCUAACUCAGUCUUCAAUUUUUAGGUUAUAUUGUAACCCCAUGGUAAUGUAUCAGUCUGACCCUUAACUAAAUAUCUUUUAUCAUCAAAUGCCCUAAGCCUUUUUUUUAUUUUGUUUAAUGGUACAUAAUUUAUAUAUAUUAUGUUUUGUAAUUUAAUCAGUUUUUGAUUUAUAGUCUUAUUAUUAUUUUACAUUAAUUAUAAUUACAACUUAUAUAAGAUUGCUAGAAAAUCUUUUCGUAACACUUAGCAUAUUGCUAACACGUCAUUUUUAAAAUGUGUCCUUGUCUCAAAGUUUCUUACAAAUCCUUCUUGAUUUUUUCAAACAAUCGAUGCUAAUUAAAUUUAUUUUACAAUAACAUCUGUUUUGUUCAUUUGAAUUAAUGUAUCUAUCGAGAUUAAAAUCUUUUUGUGUUUUCUUUAGCUUAAUAAUAACUAAAAUGUUAAUCCUUUGAAAAAAUUUAUCUGAUUUUUAAAAUAUUAAAGGGGCGAUGAGUAAAAAACAGUUGGGAAAAACUGCUCUAGAUAGCUAUAGAAUAGUUAGUUACAAGUUUUAAGGUAUUAAUUUUCUAUUCAAUCAAAGAUACUGAAAUUUCAAUCUUGUCAUUACUAAAGUUCGACUCUUGAUUUUCUUUUUUUUUUAGUCUCUAGCAGGGACGCCCGCAGAAAUGUAACUCAGGGGGGGCAAAAAAAUUGCAAGUACCUAAAUAGGUACUUGUGGGAAGAUUUACUGCUUCAUCUUUCAUCUACUAAUACUUUGUUAUAGUAUCAAUAUUACAGUAUCAUUAAUAAUUGUUUAAAAAGCUUAACUAAUUUCAGUUUAUAUAAAAUUACACUAUUAGUUCUUAUAUUUAUUAAAAAAUAUAAAAUAAAGUUUAAACUAAAAACAAAUUUUUGUGAAUGAAUUUACAUAUUACAUCAUAUUUUAUUAUUUUAUUCAAAAAGUAAUGACAAUCUCCUUUUGUUUGAAGCAAAUAAAUUAAAUGAAUCAUCAAUUUGUUGAUUAAAAAAUUGUAUUUUGAAUCAAUUUUUAAUUGAUUUAAAAAUUAACGAUAAAUGUACCUAUAAAAAUAAUAAUGUACCUAAUAAUAUCUGUCAAAAAGUUUCAAUUUCCGUCGACGAUCAUAAUGUUUUUUUUUACAAUUGAAUACCUCCUUUAUGACUUGUUAGAUACCAGGAUUGUCCAAUAGUCGCUAAAUACCUAAGACCAGCUUUAAGUAAAAAAUUUCCAUUUUUGUAACUAACACGAAAAAUCUCAGGGGGGGCAAUUGCCCCUACUCCCCCCCCUUCCGGGCGUCCCUGGUCUCUAGCACAAUUCAUUUGUAGCUUAGUCAAGUGGAGCGUUAGUGUCAGUUUGGGAGAUUUUUAACUAUGAAAUAUUAGUCGUUAAAAAUUGUUAAAUAUGACCUAAAAAUUUAAGAAAACAAGGCUGUGUUAGGAAAAAUCAAAACUGGGCCAGGAAGAAUGUAUUACAUCUACUUAUACAUAUUAUAAAAAUAAAGAUUUUUUUAUAAUUAGUUUUUUUAGAAAAAUAUAUGAAAUAUGUAUAAUUA